AUGGCAUCCUCAAUGGCUUGGAGACGCCUAGCCGCGGCGCCGGCGCUCUCGCGUGCCUCCAGAAACCCGAUCCGGGCAUUUUCCACAACAAGGCCGGCUGCCCGCGUCAUCGCGAACGGGCCGCUUCGUGCGAAGGAGGCAUCGCCGUUUGUCAGCAGCAAAUACCCGGUUAUCGACCACGAAUACGAUGCGAUUGUCGUCGGUGCCGGCGGCGCCGGUCUGCGUGCUGCCUUCGGUCUCGCGGAGGCCGGCUUCAAUACCGCGUGCAUUUCCAAGCUCUUCCCCACCAGAAGUCACACGGUCGCUGCCCAGGGCGGCAUCAACGCUGCGCUGGGCAACAUGCACGAGGACGACUGGAGAUGGCACAUGUACGACACGGUCAAGGGUUCCGACUGGCUCGGCGACCAGGACGCCAUCCACUACAUGACCCGUGAGGCGCCCGCCUCCAUUAUCGAGCUUGAGAACUACGGCUGCCCGUUCUCCCGGACCGAGGAUGGCAAGAUCUACCAGCGCGCCUUCGGCGGUCAGUCCCAAAAGUACGGCAAGGGCGGUCAGGCCUACCGGUGCUGCGCCGUCGCCGAUCGUACCGGACACGCCCUUCUCCACACGCUCUACGGACAGUCUCUCAGGCACAAGACCAACUACUUCAUUGAGUACUUCGCGAUCGAUCUGAUCAUGCAGGAUGGCGAGUGCCGUGGUGUCUUGGCCUACAACCAGGAGGACGGCACACUCCACCGUUUCCUCGCGAACAACACCGUUCUGGCCACCGGUGGCUACGGCCGUGCCUACUUCAGCUGCACUUCUGCCCACACCUGCACCGGUGACGGUAUGGCCAUGGUGGCCCGCGCCGGCCUGCCCAACCAGGAUCUCGAAUUCGUCCAGUUCCACCCCACUGGUAUCUACGGAGCUGGCUGCCUGAUCACCGAAGGUGCCCGUGGCGAGGGUGGCUACCUCCUCAACUCCGAGGGUGAGCGCUUCAUGGAGAGAUAUGCCCCGACUGCCAAGGAUCUGGCUAGUCGCGAUGUCGUCUCGCGCUCCAUGACCAUGGAGAUCAGGGAGGGUCGUGGUGUCGGCCCCGAGAAGGACCACAUCUAUCUCCAGCUCAGCCAUCUCCCCGCCGAGAUCCUCGCUGAGCGUCUCCCCGGUAUUUCUGAGACGGCUGGUAUCUUCGCUGGUGUCGACGUCCGCAAGCAGCCCAUUCCCGUCCUUCCCACCGUUCAUUACAACAUGGGUGGCAUCCCAACUCGGUACACCGGCGAGGUCAUUACGGUUGAUGAGCAAGGCAACGACAAGAUCGUUCCUGGUCUUUUUGCUUGCGGUGAGGCUGCCUGCGUCUCGGUUCACGGUGCCAACCGGCUGGGUGCCAAUUCCCUGCUCGACUUGGUCGUCUUUGGUCGCGCCGUCUCGCACACAAUCCGCGACAAUUUCACGCCCGGCGCUAAGCUGAAGCCCAUCGAGGCCGAUGCCGGCGCCGACUCGAUCGAGGUUCUCGACAAGAUCCGCACCUCGGAGGGCCCUAAGAGUACGGCCGAGGUUCGUCUUGCCAUGCAGAAGACGAUGCAACGGGAAGUCAGCGUGUUCCGUACCCAGGAGAGCUUGGACGAGGGUGUCAAGAAGAUCACCGAGGUGGACCAGAUGUUCUCGCAGAUCGGCAUCAAGGACCGCAGCAUGAUCUGGAACACUGACCUGACGGAGGCCCUCGAGCUUCGCAACCUGCUCACAUGCGCUACCCAGACUGCUGUGUCUGCUGCCAACCGGAAGGAGUCGCGUGGCGCCCACGCGCGCGAGGACUACCCCGAGCGCGACGACGAGAACUGGAUGAAGCACACGCUCAGCUGGCAGAAGCAACCUCACGGCAAGGUCGACCUCAAGUACCGCCGCGUCAUCGGCACCACCCUCGACGAGAACGAGUGCAAGCCCGUUCCCCCGUUCAAGCGUGUCUACUAG